CAAAGGCGUCGCCUUCAAAAGUUCAGAUCACACCCCUCUUAAUUCUCUCCCUCACCUCACACCAUCUCUGUGACUCUAAUCUCAACGGCUUCCCAGUUGCCAGUUGCCACCCUCCACUAAUUUAUUUCUUUAUAUAUACCGAUCGAUUCUAUUUCCUCCCAAUAUCCGCAAUUAAGCACUCCAUCACUCACUCUGUGUUUGGUUUCUGCUCCCUCAAUUUUAUCGACACAUCUGCUUCCAUUUCCUUCUUCAAUGGAUACACAAGGUCGUAUGGAAGGCGAUAACAGCGGCAACGGGAAGGUUGACAACAGAACUGCAAGAGAAAAAGCAAUCGACGAAUGGCUUCCGAUUACUUCCUCAAGGAACGCGAAAUGGUGGUACUCCGCCUUUCACAACGUCACCGCCAUGGUUGGUGCCGGAGUUCUCGGUCUCCCAUACGCCAUGGCCCAACUUGGAUGGGGUCCUGGAGUAGCUGUAUUGGCCAUAUCAUGGAUUGUAACGCUAUACACAUUAUGGCAAAUGGUCGAAAUGCACGAAAUGGUUCCAGGGAAACGAUUCGACAGAUACCACGAGCUCGGCCAGCAUGCAUUCGGCGAAAAACUUGGUCUUUACAUCGUGGUUCCGCAACAGUUGAUCGUCGAAGUUGGCGUCAACAUAGUCUACAUGGUUACGGGAGGAACAUCCCUCAAGAAAUUCCACGAUUUGGUUUGCAGUAACUGCAAGGAGAUUAAACUGACCUACUUCAUCAUGAUCUUUGCUUCUGUCCAUUUCGUCCUUUCCCAUCUCCCCAAUUUCAAUUCCAUCUCCGGUGUUUCUCUGGCAGCAGCAGUCAUGUCCCUCAGUUACUCUACGAUCGCGUGGUCUGCUUCUGUGAAAAAGGGCGUUCAACCAGAUGUUCAAUACGGAUACAAAUCUAAGUCCGCUAUAGGCACAAUGUUCAGCUUCUUUAAUGCAUUGGGUACAAUUGCUUUUGCAUAUGCUGGCCACAAUGUGGUGUUGGAGAUUCAAGCCACCAUUCCUUCAACUCCUGAAAAGCCUUCUAAAGGUCCGAUGUGGAAGGGCGUGGUGGUUGCUUACAUAGUCGUGGCCUUGUGCUACUUUCCUGUUGCUCUUAUUGGAUAUUGGAUGUACGGAAAUGCUGUCUCCGACAAUAUCUUAAUCAGUUUAAAUAAGCCCACCUGGCUCAUCGCAAUGGCAAAUUUGUUCGUUGUUGUUCACGUUAUUGGAAGCUACCAGAUCUAUGCCAUCCCGGUAUUUGACAUGAUCGAAACUGUGUUGGUCAAGAAACUAGACUUCAACCCUACUUUUAUGCUUCGAUUCAUCACUAGGAAUAUUUAUGUUGCAUUAACAAUGUUCAUUGGUAUCUGCUUCCCAUUCUUUGGUGGACUUUUGGGCUUCUUUGGGGGAUUUGCAUUUGCACCAACCACAUAUUUCUUACCUUGCAUCAUGUGGCUUACCAUCUAUAAGCCGAAGAAAUGGAGCUUAUCAUGGAUUACUAACUGGGUUGCUAUUGUGUUUGGUGUUGCUUUGAUGAUAGUAUCGCCUAUUGGAGGCUUGAGGCAGAUUAUUAUUGAUGCCAAAACCUAUGAAUUUUUCUCUUAAGAUGAAGGUGUUAUUAGAUUAAACAAGCUGAGAUUUCCAUUUUUAGAGAAGUCAAAGAGGCUUGUAAAGAUAUGGUUUCUUAAUUUUUAGGUUUAUCAAAUAUUUAGAGCAAAAUAGUGAG